GAGAAUAGGAAUGUUAUUUCCCAUUCUAUUCCAUUCCGUACUCCAAUACUAAAUAUUGUUAAUGAUGCUGCCACACAGGCAAGAUCCCCCUCGACUAGAUUAAGCUUAAAAGUGGCAAUUUAGGAAUUUCACCGGCCCAACAGACAAACGCUGCCACAUUAUUGAAUCCAUCCAAAUAAAUAAAUGCAAAUUUAAGAAAGAGCACUGAAAUUUCAAGAAAGAGAUUUAUCCAGUUAAUCUACAAUCAUACAAUCAAACUAUCAAAGAUGGUUUGCAUAGCUUGCUUGUUGCCUCUGUUCCUUGUUCCAAUCGUCAACAUAUUGCCUCUUCUCUUCGAUUAUCUUCUGGGAAAAAUCUAUGCCCUGUUUGGAUGGGAAUACAGAAAACCAGAUAGAGCUCCUGCGGCUUGUCCGUACAAACCCUUGCCCAAGAAAGACAGCUCUGGUAAACAGGUGGGGGCAGAAGGUGAACCCGGUGCAGCACAGGUGCCUGCUUCAGGACAAGUUGUAGUAGAUGGUAAACAAGACUGAAGUUGAAGAGUACUUCUGUGCAUGAAAAUGAAAUUUCAAAAGGUCUAGAGACUCUUAACUUGAAGCUUCUUGAAUCAUUGUUUAGGAUAAAGGUAAUUCAUAUCGUAAGACGUUGCUUUGUUGAUCUGUCACUCUCUUUCUGUCUCUGUACCUUGAGAUAAUGUUUUCUUGUUGAAUGUACUGCGAUGUCAAGGGUCAUUGAAAAUUAAAGCAUUCUCUUUUCAAUUUUUUUCAAUGUACUGCGAUGUUAAGCAUGAAACCGACAUGAUAUAGACUCCAAAGAGGGCUGAAUAGAAUUAUGUAUUAUAUAAAGUAAAUCUGUGAAGGAUGAUAACCAAGUUUGAGAAUUUAAA